UGUAAACAUACAGAGUCACAUACAGAAGGGGAAUACGAGAGAAAGGGAAAUAGAGAGGAGGAAAACGAGAGAAGAGGGAGAGCUCAAAGGAGGGGGGAUCAGAGAACGGGAAGGAGAGGGGAAGGGAGAGCACUGCUGGUGGUGACCACAGCCACCGUCGCCGCUAACCUUUAGGGGAAAACGAGAGUGAGAGAGAGACACACGAGGAAGAGAAGGAGCUCGUCUUCGUUGCUGCCGACGUCGCGCCAUGCCGCCGCUGCCGUUCCUUGCAGCUACUGCCGGUGGAAGUAACCAAACAAGGAUAGGAGGUCACUGUUGAUGCUGCCGCGGAGAGGAAGGAAGGGACGCAUGUGAGAAAGUGACGCAACAGAGGAGGAGCCGUUUCUCUGCCGCCGCCGGAAUUCCUGGUCAUCACCGCCGUCAUUCAUGAAGAAAAUUGAGAAUCAAGGAAAGCAUCUUUGUUUAGUAGUAUAUGGCUUGCUGCCACCAGAAACUCGAACAAGGCAGGCAAGCAUGUUCAAUGAUGCAACAAGUGAGUUUGAUGUUCUAGUGGCCAGUGAUGCCAUCGGAAUGGGUCUUAAUUUAUACAUAUCUAGGAUCAUAUUUUCAACGUUGAAGAAGUUUGAUGGUUUUGAAUUUUGGGACUUGACUGUAUCUGAAAUAAAACAGAGUGCAGGGAGAGUUGGUAGAUAUGGGUCAAAUUUUCCUGUUGGAGAAGUAACAUGCAUAGAUGCAGAGGAUCUACCCUUGCUUAAUUCAUCUUUAAACUCCCGAUCACCCACUUUAAAGGAAAACCAUGUUGAAGGGAAAAAUGAACUUAAUUAAGGUCACAAAUUUUGAAGAGCAAAUGUUAGCAAGUAAAAGUCAUGAACUUGUAGCAUGAUGACGAUAAACCUACUUGCUACUUAGCUAUUUCAACACUCUUUUGUUAUUGUAUUUUUCGCAAAAUUAGAUGAUAUAGUUUGAGGUUGUUAUGACUUAGGCUAGUACUAUAGUAUUUUUUAAAAACGAUGAUGAUAAUUAAAAGUAGUUACGACUUAGACUAGUAUUAUGGUAUUUUGCAAUGAUGAUUUAAUGUGAUUGUGGA